AUGUAUCAUACUGACCCCGGGAACGUCUUGGACAAUUUUAGAGGCCGCACAAAACUCCUUGGAGAACCGGAUGAGCAGAACUGUACUCUGGAGAUGGACGAUGUACAAACUCAUGACAAUGGGCCGUUCUGCUUUCAAGCUGAAAAAGAAAAGGAGAAAUACAGCUUCAACAACAGCUGUGUGUUCAUUAUAAUGCGAAAAACUCCGGACAAACCCGUGAUAUCACCCCUCCCUAAUGACAUCAAACCAGGGACACCAGUCACUGUCAAAUGUUCAGUCAAACACACAUGCUCCUCUCACCCUCCUGAAAUCAUAUGGAGUGUCUCAACAGUUCGAGAAACUAUCAGCCACAAUCCCAUGGGUGGAGGCGUCUGGGAAACGGUGUCCACUGUGAACUUUAUUCUCACCGGAUACGAAGAGGAAGAUAAAAUUGUUUGCAACACCAAAUUUUGGGGAGGUAAAACACAGAGCAACAGUUCUGCCCCCCUGAGUGUUAAGAGUGAGUAA